AUGAGCGGCACCAUGUAUUUUGGAGGCGUAGAAGGGGGAGCGACCCACUCGAACCUGGUCAUCUGUGACCGGAACGGUGAAGUGCUGGGUCAAGCCAAAGGACCAGGGACUAACCACUGGGCUCUGGGCGUAGAAAAAUGUGCGCAAAGGAUAAUAUCCAUGCUCCACGCCGCGAAAGAAAACGCCGGAAUACCGGUUGACGUACCGUUAGAUUCCCUGGGCUUGACGCUGUCCGGGUGCGAGCAGGAGAGCAGCAACGCGGAGCUAGCCGCCCGCGUGCUAGAGAAGGACAGCUAUAGCACCCGCGCUAUCUACGUCGCAUCAGACACGGCCGGGUCGUUGUUCACUGGUGCGCCGAAUGGAGGAAUGGUUUUGAUUGCUGGGACGGGUUCCAAUGCAUUGCUUCGGACUCCGGACGGCAAGCAACAUGGCUGCGGUGGCUGGGGUUAUCUUCUAGGAGAUGAAGGUGGAGCUUAUUGGAUCGCUCAUCGGGCGGUGAAGUACGUGUUCGACGAUGUGGACGGCUUACGUGCCUCCCCCCAUCCAACGAACAGAGUGUGGGAGGUCAUCCGGGAGCAUUUCAACGCGGACUCCAGAGCCGAUUUGUUGCCACACUCCUACAAGCAUUUCGACAAGUCACAUUUUGCCGGUCUGACAGCGAAGCUCUCCGCACUGGCUGUACAGGGCGACGCUCUGUGCAUGCACCUGUUUUCGGAAGCUGGAGCCGCUCUAGCAGCACACAUCGCAGCCUUAUGUUCACGAUCUGCGUUGCCCAGCGUACGCGUAGUUUGCGUUGGCUCCGUGUGGAACAGUUGGAAUACGCUCAAGUCGGGCGUUUUACAGCAGUUGGCUGAGAGACGGGUGAAAACAGAACUAGAGUUAGUUCGUUUACGAGUGUCUAGUGCGAUGGGAGCGUGCUGGCUCGCCGCUAAACACGUUAACUACGACUUGCCACGUGAUGACUCCGCGUUCUGCGAAGUGUUCUACACUUACCGACCCAGUGAGUUAGUAAAUGGUGAGAACGGUAAAAUAAAUGGUAAAUGCAUCGAAAACGGCAUCCAGGGCUGCGGAUGCGAGGAUUGGUGCAACUGGAGCUAG